AUGGCGACUGAAAAUGAGAGUCCCAUUUCUUUCAAUUCCAGGUUCUUGAUUGUGAGCCCUGAAAAUGGUGGUAUUUUUGACCUUUUGAAAUUCUGGGCAUUCAAUAAUCAAGAAAGUGGAGCCAAGUUUCUUGAAAGCUCACACGAUGGAGUGAUUCAAGAUCAGUUAUUGAGUGAUGAUACGCCAGAUCAUAGAUGGGUGAUAAUUGUAUCUAUUAUUGUGAGGAAAAUACUUGCAUUUUUUGGUAAACUUAUGGAGUGGAUUGGUUAUAUUGUGGAGUUCAUGCUAAACCUCUUCUCUCUCAAUGGGAAUUUUCUGGGAUUACUCUACAAUUUUUUCCAUGGAAAUGUUGUGAUUCCACAAAGAGAUUCCGAAACAUUUAUUAGUGCAAUUGGGCAUUUAGACGGGCGUAUAGACCUAUUCAAAAGCGAGAUGAUGCUUAACAAGACCAUUGAACCCGAGUUUUGGAAGAAAAUUUUGCAAUUUGGAGCUGGAAGCCGGGUUCUUAUGGACCUAUGUAUCAUUGCUUCAAAAUUAGCAUACGAGAAUGCAAAUGUUGUUAGAAAUGUAGUAAAUCUUCACUGGAAGAUGCACUUUAUCGACUUUUACAACUGCUGGAAUGAUUAUCAAAAAGAGAUGUCGACCCAAGUUUUCAUACUGUGUAAUAAGCCAAAAGAUGCUGAUUUGAUAUUAAUCAGCUUCCGGGGGACAGAGCCCUUCGAUGCUGAUGAUUGGAGCACUGAUUUUGACUACUCGUGGUAUGAGAUUCCAAAACUCGGAAAAGUACAUAUGGGGUUCUUAGAGGCUUUAGGUCUGGGCAACAGAAUGAAUACCUCGGCAUUCUCGGAACAACUUCAAGGAGAAAACAUUUCGUCUAAUAAUUCUAAUGCACGGCAUGCACUCGAUAAAUCUUCCAACUCAGAGCAGUCGAGGGGCGCCGACGAUAACCUCGUACCGGCAAUGGGAGAGAGGACUGCAUACUAUGCUGUAAGAAGUAAACUCAAAAGCUUGCUUGAAGAGCACAAGAACGCAAGGUUUGUGGUUACUGGGCACAGUUUGGGUGGGGCUCUGGCCAUAUUGUUCCCUACAGUGCUGGUACUGCACGAGGAAUUGGAAGUCAUGGGACGUUUGUUUGGUGUAUACACGUAUGGACAGCCACGGAUUGGUAACGAACAGAUAGGAAGGUUCAUGGAAGCUCAUUUGGAACAUCCCGUUCCCAAGUACUUCAGAGUUGUAUACUGCAAUGAUAUGGUUCCAAGGUUGCCUUAUGACAAUAAGACGUUCUUGUAUAAACAUUUCGGGAUAUGCCUCUACUACAACAGCCUCUAUAUUGAACAAAAGGUCGAUGAAGAACCAAACAAAAAUUACUUUGCAUGGCGAUACCUGAUACCGGAUUAUCUCAAUGCCAUAUGGGAGCUAUUUAGGAGUUUCAUCAUCGGUUACUUGUACGGGCCAGAGUACAAGGAAUCUUGGGAAUCUAUUCUGCUGAGGAUCAUAGGAUUAGCAAUUCCUGGUCUUUCUGCUCACAGCCCUGUAGACUAUGUAAACUCCGUUCGGCUUGGAAGAACAAGAUCUGUUGAGAGUGGAAUGUACUCUGCUGAACAAUAUUAG